GUUUCAUCCCUUAGCGAGGUAAUAGUAAACGGUGAAGUGAGCCCUAUCAUGGCCAAAACGGCCUUCCAGGGUGGUCUUGUAUACCCCCUAUAAUAUUGUUUAACCGAAAUAAAAGAUGAUAAAUUUAUAACUUGGAAUUUUGGAAAGUAACCGACACAUACACAGAAAAAAAAAACAAAAUAAUUCAAAUAAAGAAGAAGAAAAAACAGAGAAAAUCAAAUCUGUCGUUAAAGGAAAAACAGCAUUCGUUCGUGAUAAGUUUGAUUGACGGAGGAAAGACUUUUUUAACCAACAAAUAAAGAAAUAGUUAGUCAAGGAAUAGCUUGGAAAGGAUAUACAACGUGACGAGAUUAAUUAUACCCAGAACUGCACUUCGCUUUUAACUCAUUUCCGUUACAACAACAACAAGAACAACAAUAAAAAAUAAAUAAAAAUCAAUCGACGUUUUAGAGUGUAUAGUGUGUGUUUGAUUCGUUUUAAUUGAAUAUUAUUAAAAACCGUUAAAAAAGUGUGCAUAACCGUUAACCGUAAGAAUUGAAUUAUGUUGCAUUGAAAAUUCAAGUUGUUAUUCAAUCAGAAAUCUUGCAACCGAGUUUAACAAAAAAAUAUAUUUAAAAACAGGAAAUCAUUCCACGAACUUUAUUGCAUUUUCCCCCCGUACUAUUACAGUCAAUAAUAAAUAGGAAAAGGAAAAGGAAAAUCGUGUGAGUUAUUGAAGUGAUAUAUAGUUACAAUAUAUUGAUGUUAUUGCUGGGCUGUAUUUUUAGCAUUCUGUACAUUCCAAUCAAAUUAAUUUGAUUUUUUUUAAUUAAAUUAAAUCGCGAAAUGCAACACUAAAUGGAUAACGUAAUGACAAAUUCACAUGGAUACAACACAACCGAUAUGAAACCGUUUUGUUCAAGUGUUUAAAACACCUAGUGCUUUCACAGUUAAAACUCCACCUAAAAAAAAAGAACUUUGUCGGCGAUUUGUUAAUUUAAAAUUGAAAAGAGAAAAGUUUAGAACCGACUGUCCGAACAUAAAAUAAUUAUUCGUACGUUGACACAGUUUUUUAAAAAUUGUACGGGAGACAAAAAAAAAGAAGCGAAAUAACCACCUGGUUCGGUUGCCAAAAAAAAAGUAUUUCAAAUUUAUUCUUCAACAAUUACAUAACCGAUUUUACAGUGAAGAGAGAGAUUUUUAAAAACUGUAAUAUGCUUCCCAUUAAAAGUAGGUGAGGCAGUUCUCCUCUUCCUUUUUUUUUGUGUCGUGAAAAAAGCACGAUAUAACUAGAAUGACAUAAACAUACUAACGGUUAAAUCCUUUGCAUUAAAUACAUACACGAAUAAAAACAGAGAAAAACAAUCAUCGUACAGAAUAUUUUGAGAAAAUACAACUUUUGGUCCUGCUGUGUGCACAAAACACUUAAUGGUUUUUUCCUUUAUCUGGCAACUGUACAAAAAUAGAUUUUCUUUCCAUUGCAUCCAUGUUAUAGUAUUCCAAACGAAUGUUUAAGUCAAAAUAAGUCAGCAGAAAAAAAGAGAGUUAAACCAAAAAAAAAAAAUAAUUUUAAAAAUUGAAAUUAAAACGUCCUUCUAAACAUUACGAGAUAAUAAUAAAGCAAAGCUACCGACACAACAACAACAAAAAAAAGGAACUGUAAGUUGAUCGGUCUUUUAAAUAAAAUUUUUUUGUGUGGAUGAAGAAAUCAUUUUGGCGACAAUUGCUCGAACAAUCUUCCUCAGUCAGCCUUGUAUAAUAACAAUAUACAAGAAAGCUUGCAACAAAGCUCCCCAUUUUACCAUUAAUUUCGAUUGAAAGACAAACCGAAACCGAAACAUUAUUCCCCAAAUUUGAACAUUUGAAAUCUAUCCCAUCACCCAACGCACACCAGUGAACAUGUUUCGCGAAACGAUACAAGUACUAGCUUGCCUAGCAUUGCUCACGAGUGCAAACUCGUUGCACAUGGCACGAGAUGCAUUUCAUCGACCCACUUCCGAUCUAGGUAUUGUAGACUUUAUCGACGAUACAUCCGAUGAAAUCCAAUCACAACACGAACAACAGCAACAACAACAGCAACAUCAACAAACACCACUAGAACAAUCAUCACCAACCGGAAGCAAUUAUCAUAAUCGACGCGGAUCGUACACGGUUCAUGAUCAGCAAAUAAAUUUAUCACCAAAUAGUAUAGAUCAAUUUGCCCGGUCGCCGUCAAUGCGCGAUCGACAGGAUACGCCCAGAGCGUUGCAGGAAUUGUUUGCCGGACCAUCAACGCUUGACAUUCGGUUAGAGCAACAAAAGCAAUCACUUCAGCAGCAGGAGCAACAACAUCAAAAUAAACGAGCGUCCAUUACGACAACUAACACAGGUGGUGAAGGCGGUAGUGGUGGUAGUGCAACACCUGUCAGCAGUGGCAAACAUAUUUUGCCACAAGUGUCACAUGGUAUCGCUAGUCAAUUAAUGUUACGUAGUGCUAGAGGACAGCGAAACUAUGAUGUUCCACAAAUUGAAUGUCCUCCAGCGAUGGACGGUAUGGAGAGAUUUGCAUGUCCGUCGCCCGAUAGACAGGGUCGAUAUCGGUGUAUAGAUGAUCAUGUACUUUGUGAUGGAUUUAUAGACUGUCCCGAAGGGGAAGACGAAGAACGACAGGCGUGUAUGUUUUAUAAAACCACGAAAGCACAUCUGGAUGUGUUAGCGGAUGCUUUGCUACGGUGGGCGAGAGGUCGUUAAUUAAUUUUUUAAGAAAAGAAACAGAAAUAUGGAAUGAUGACAAGCUGAGGAUAUUAUAAUUUUUACUCAACACAAAACAACACAAAAGGAGAUCGCAUUCCAGUCAGCAAGUCAGAAACAAGAAGUGCAUAAUUACACUGAACAAAACAACGGCAACAAAACCUAACGAGAAUCUUUGAACAUACACAACAUACACACAUCUUUUAGAAAAUGGAGUAUUCAAGGUAAGACGACUGAACUGAUUUAAUUGGAUAAACUGAAUAUGAAAGAAGAAAAACUGUUUUAAAACGAAAAGGAAAGAAAGGAAAAUUCGAUUGAAGUUAUAAUUGGAAUGGGAAUAUAUUUUCAUAUAGGAAAAUGAAAGCAACUUAAAUGUAUAAUUGUAAUAAUCAUUUAAAAA